GCUGCAGCCAGCCACACAGCAGCGCGAGGAGCAGAGCUGGGGGUGAUUUAGUCUGUCUGACCAGCAUCGAUCUCAUCCGAACUAGUCGACAGUGAAAGGAGGACAAGUGUUUAUUCAGAUUUACCGCAGUGACAUAGCGCUUGGCUCCCGUGGACAGCGUGGGGGAGAAUGAGAAUAGUGGAUUUUGGUUCUACAUGUAGGUACAGAGCAACAGAAGAAGGGAAGUCACCCCGCAAGAUUUUGACAUGAAGAAGGACAUAGACACAUUGAUAGCAGAGGAACGUGCUGAGAUCAUUUCAAAAUAUGACAAGGGUAGACAGGAGGGUGUCAGCAUUGACCCAUGGGAGGACGCAGACUACAGCAUCUAUAAGGUCACCGACCGUUUUGGCUUCUUACAUGAAGAAGAGCUGCCAACACCCAGUGCGCUUGAAGAGAAGCAAAAGCAGCAAGAGAUAGAGAGGGUGGAGAAAUGGUUGAAAAUGGUGAAAAACUGGGACAAGUAUAGGAACAGUGAAAAGUUGCUGAAGCGUGUGUAUAAAGGUGUCCCACUCCAGCUGAGGGGCCAGGCCUGGGCUUUGCUUUUGGACAUAGAGAAAGUGAAACAAGACAACCAGGGAAAAUAUGAGAAAAUGAAGCAGCAAGCACGUAAUUUCUCUACAGAGAUCAAACAGAUUGACUUAGAUGUCAACAGAACCUUCAGGAACCACAUCAUGUUCAUGGACCGCUUUGGAGUCAAGCAACAGGCACUGUUUCACGUGCUGGCAGCCUACUCCGUCUACAACACAGAGGUGAGCUACUGCCAGGGGAUGAGUCAGAUCGCUGCUAUCUUGCUCAUGUACCUGAAUGAGGAAGAUGCCUUCUGGGCUCUGUCUCAGCUCCUCACCAACAGCAAACACGCCAUGCACGGGUUCUUCAUUCCUGGAUUUCCCAAGCUUCAGCGUUUCCAAGCCCACCAUGAGCUUAUCCUUUCCAAAAUGUUGCCUAAGUUAAAAAAGCACCUGGAUAAAGAACAGAUGACAACAGGGAUUUAUACCACCAAAUGGUUUCUCCAGUGCUUCAUUGACAGAACUCCUUUCACCCUCACCCUGCGUUUAUGGGACAUCUACAUAUUGGAGGGAGAGAAGAUGCUAACUGCCAUGGCUUAUACAACCCUCAAGUUACACAAGAAGCGUCUGCAGAAGUUUCAGCUGGAGGACCUGAGGGAGUUUCUUCAAGAGCAGCUGGCUGCUUCUUUCUUCCUGCCUGAUGAUGCUGUGGUUGAACAGUUACAGGCCGCCAUGUCUGAGCUGCGUGCUAAAAAGCUGGACCAGCCUCCCCCAGCCAAGUCAGAGGAGCUGCCAAAGAAACCACUGGGUCAAGAGAGACCAGUUCUCUUACUGCCUCUACAGCCUGACUCUCCACUUGAGGUUAAACUAAGUCUGCAGCCUAGUGCAGAAGCCGAGCAAACAGACAGCAUCACCUUACAUGAGACAUCCUCUCCUGCCGAGACCAAGGACACCAGAAGCCCCUCUGGGGCAAAUACACCGUCUUUACCUUCACCGGACCCAGUUGUUGUGCACACAAAGGAAACACCUUCUCCCAGAAGUCUUUGUAGACCACCUCCUUUACCUCCAAAACCAGAAAAACCACAUACUGAAGUAGGACCUGUUGUGAAGGUGUUGGCCCCAGAGGUUGACCUGGCAGAGAAUGAAGGAGUACAGCAGGGUAUAGAUGCAGAGAUUCAGGAGGAGCCUGUGGAUUGGCCUCCACCCUAUGAGCCUCCUACUUUAGAUGCUCUGACCAUGCAGGCUGAGGAGGAGAUAAUGGACCUUCCAGAUCUUCCACCUCCACCUUUCUUUUAUCCCAACCAGACUGAUCCUCCACACUGUGCACCAACCCAAACAGAGACCCAACAGCGCUCUCCUUCCCCGUGCUCUGCCUCACCACUGCAAACAAAGCCAUACCCCAAAACUUGCCCACAACCACCCACAUCACUUGGCAUCACACAGAAGAAAUUUCCUUCAUCAAGGCCUUCCCCUCCUCAUGUUUUCCCAGCAGCCUCCUCUUCCUCUCACAGAGUUCCUCCACUGAAACCGACCAAGUUCCCAGUUUCUCUCUACGUUCCUGUGCCAGCGGGAAACCGUCGACCUUCAAAUACCUCGCAGUACGACAACCUCUCAGAGGUCGAUGAAGAUGACCGCUAUCUGGAGAGGCUGCUGGGGUCCACGCCUGAGGAAAUCCCCAGCAUGUGCAGCAAUCCCCCACCACCUGCCGUUGACAGACUCUACGACCCUACUAGCUACCCUGUGCCUCCACCUCCUGUGUUCAUCCCUCCCUCCCCUUCACCCAGUCCUCCGUCACUGCACGUUCUCCCCAGUUUGCCCCAGGAGCCCGAAUAUGAAGGAGAGGAUCGUUGGGCAGAGGACUCCAUCAUUGCCCCUCCUCCACCUAGUUUUGCUGACAGACUCACCCCGUUUCAGUGUAGCAGCAACAGCUAUUCAGAGACACACAGAGCCACUUCACCCAGUUACUCUAAGCCUUUCUCUAGGGGCCCCAGGGACCAUUCUGCCUUCCCAGCACCACUUUUGUACACUGGGUCUCCCCCAGGCCAAUCCAGGCCCACAGGGCCAUCAGUGGUAGGGGUGCCACUGGUCCGGUCCAGUCCAGACUUUUGCAGGAUGCCUCCAGGUGGACAACAGCUGCCCAAAUCAGUGACCUUUUGAAGUUCCAAAGUGUCAAGUUACUGAUUAUGACUGAGAGUUCUGUGAUGCUUGAUCAGUUUGCAAAGCCUUUUCCGAGAUGAAGGGUUUUAACAAAGGCCAGUAGCUUUUUAGAGUCUCCAGGGUUUUGUUUUGUUGUGUGUGUGUGCGUGUGAGUGAAGAGUCUUUUCUUUGAUGUGUACAUAUUUUUGUGAUACCUGCACCAUUUUUGUAAGUGCAGCUAACUUUUGUUUAAGUGUCUGGCUUGUAUUUAAAACUGCUGUUUGCGUUCCUGUUUGCUGCACAAAAAAGCGAUUGUAUUGAUUCAUUUGUGAGACCGGAUUUAGUUUUUAAUUCAGCUGACCGACAGAAGUCCUUCUAAUGGCAGCAAAGGCUUUGGCUGUUGCAAUGCGUUUCAUUUAGUCCAAAGUGUCCUAACCUGAUCACAGUGCACUGACGGUAGCAACUCUAACACAAAGGGCUUUUGAGGCUGCUGAGUGACACCAUCUUCCCCUAUGCACCCAAAGCCUAUGCAGUUUUAUCUGUAUUGCAUUUAUGCUAAACCUGUGAGCAGGCUCACACAUCUUUACAGUAUGUCAAAAUAUAAUGAGAAACCUUUAAUAUAAGCAGGCUGUUUACUGUAUUUUUGGGUCAAUACUUGAUUACAAAGAACCACUAAACCAGGUUGCACCAAAGGAGUUUUAACAGUCUCUUACGAGAUUUGCUAAACUUCCAAGCACCAGCAGUAGCAGCAGGGAAGACAUGGUGCAUUUCAUCACUGAUGUAAAUGCUGAAGCUAGACUUAUUCCCACACAUAUCCAGUCAUUUGGUCCUGGGGAAAGUAGCAGAAGGUACUCUUGAGUGUACUGUACUGCUUUUCUUAGUUGAUUUCUUCCAUUUCAUCUAUGUUAUAACUGUCUCUUUUAGGACUCUUUCUUUUCACAGCAGUAAUAUACUGUCAGAAUUCAUGUGUGUGCAUGUGUCAGGUUAAAUAGAGUUGAAGCAUGAUAUGAGGAUCAUACAUGCUCAUGGUAAGAAAAACAUGCAGUGAAAUUCCUUUUGUCAUGAAAAAUUGCUCCAUCUUGUGGUCAGAAAUGUUAAAGAUCAAGCACAGUGAAAUCUAAAAUGUUGUUCCUGUUAACGUCACAAGAUGCCAUCACCUCAAAGCCAGUUAGAAUAAUUAUUAAUGAAUGCAAACAGAGUCAUUUCCAAAUUAAGACUGGUUUAUCAAAUGAGAGAUUACGAUGCAUUUUAGGAUACGAGGACCAAUUGUAUUAUUGCAUUGUUCUGUUGCCAUUUUAGAUUUAGGAGAAGCAAAAGUAUCAAAGCUAAUUUCUUUCAUAUGCACAGCUAUAUUUUAGAGUGACUGGUGACUUUGGUGUCACUAAUUUUAAUUGCUCAGAAAAAAACCUCUUAAAAAUGGAAAUUGAGCCAUAACACACAAGGACCUAUUAUAUUGAAACGUGUUUAUAUGUUAUUAUUCAACUCAGUUAUGUAUUUACAUUAUAUACUGUCUGAACAUUUCAAACAAUGUCUGAAAGAAGUUUUGUUCUUUGCACUGACUUUUUAUUAUUGCCAAGGUUUUACCACUUGCAAAUAUUAAUUUCUAAUGGACUUGCAGGUUACUGCUUGAAAAAAAAUUUGAGGGGUGAUGUUAACUGUCGUUUUCAUGGUUUGUUCAUAACCUUUGGCCCGUUUUAGCAUCUUUUCCAGGAACUUGGCUUGUCAUAGUAUCUUUAGUCAUGUGACCUCACCAGGAAUUGUACAUUACACCAUCAGUGUUGGAUCUUAUACACCUGGGAGACUGGGACUCAGACCAAAGCUUAUGUGCAUACACAUGUAUGCAAGUACCGAUGUGAGUUUUAUAAAGAGAUAAACCUUA